AUGACUCUGCUCCCACACCCUCGGGCCUCGCUGGGGGUGGCGACCACUCCCUUCUCUCCUGCAGCCGUGUGCCUGGCGGCGCGCGUCCUGCUUCCUCCCGCCCUUCCUCCCGCCAACGGCGCCCGUCAGGCGACCGCGGUUCUCCUCUGGUUCCCCCCCCCCACUGUUGCCGCCUGUGCGGUGAACGCCGCCCCUCCCUACGCCGCCGCGUUUCUGGCGAGUGAUGCUCCCCCCCAUGGCCUCCUCCCAGCGCCCGCGUUGGCGCCCCAGAGCGAACCGUGCUCUCCUCCGCUCCUCCCCGUCUUCCUUCCGCGCCCCCAUACCGUUCGGCCCUUGGCGGCGGUUCCCUUGACGAGCGCGAGCCGCCGUCGCUCGCCUCCGCCCGCCGACGCUGGACUCCCGUUGCGUGUCUGUCCCCUGCCUCGCUUCGUCCGAGCAUUCCCCGUGUCGGCAUCGUGCGUGUCCCUCCCUCCCGAGCCUGGCCUUCCGGCUGCGGUGCACCGCGGGCAGGCUGUCCUUCCCGACGGUUGGGGCCCGUCGCACGCGACCCCCUCUCCUGCGCCUCUCCUUCCUCCUCUGUCGUUGUCUCUGUGGUGUUGGCGUGUGUCGCACCGGGCGCGCGCUCUCCGUAUUCAGGCUCGUCACUGCGCUCCGUCUCCUCGCCGUGCGCCUGCUCGUCGCGGUGCCACUGCCCGUCGUCCGAGUUAUCGCUAG